AUGACUCGAGUUGAUCCGGUUAGUGCAAUGCGGUUGGCGGAAGAAAUCGCCAAGAGGCAGGAGGUGCUCAUAUAUACCAGGUACCAGAACAAUAUCGAGUACUACCGGGAGUUGCAGAGACAGGCGGACGAGAUGUCUGUCAGCGAUGAGGUACAGAGCCAGAUCAGCGGAGUCGAUGACUACCUCGCGACUACCGCGAAAUUGUACGAGCUCUCUGGCAAUUGCAAGGAGAACAAGACCCACACCAACACAAACUAUGAUAGCAAUACACAAGACAAGAUAGCUCGGUCACCGAUGCCGAAUGUCAACUGCAUCGAUGGGGGCUGUGCUAUAGAUAAGCCGCACAGCGAUAGCAAAUCUACAUUCACGCCAUCUACCUAUGUGUCAUGCCCUUUCCCAUUACAAGAUCCUCGCUUCAAAGUUAUAGACGUAUUCCUAAAUGAAAAUUAA